AUGUUACUGGAAGGUGGAGCUAAUCCAGACGCUAAGGACCAUUAUGAGGCCACAGCAAUGCACCGGGCAGCAGCCAAGGGUAACUUGAAGAUGAUUCAUAUUCUUCUGUACUACAAAGCUUCCACAAACAUCCAAGACACUGAGGGUAACACUCCUCUACACUUAGCCUGUGAUGAAGAGAGAGUGGAAGAAGCAAAAUUGCUGGUGUCCCAAGGAGCAAGCAUUUACAUUGAGAAUAAAGAAGAAAAAACACCCCUGCAAGUGGCCAAAGGUGGGCUGGGUUUAAUACUCAAGAGAAUGGUGGAAAGCUAA